AUGUCUUCGUUGACAGAAAUGCAUUACCCAACAACCGGCGCAAUUGCGCCCACGGCUUCGUCUUCCUCGCCUCCAGCUUCUACACCCUCUCCGUCGACCUCGAGUGCUACCACGGCCCAUUCUUCUGCUACACGCCGGCCUCCUCGCAAAAGCACUCUGACUCAACAACAGAAAAACAACAAACGUCAACGCGCAACUCAGGAUCAGCUUGUCCUCCUGGAGAUCGAAUUCAACAAGAACCCAACACCCACCGCUGCUACCAGGGAACGUAUUGCUUCGGACAUUAACAUGACGGAACGGUCUGUUCAGAUCUGGUUCCAGAAUCGUCGCGCUAAAAUCAAGAUGCUGGCGAAAAAGAGCAUUGAGACUGGUGAAGGAUGCGAUUCCAUUCCAGAAUCCAUGCGACACUAUCUCGCGAUGCAGUUUGACCCGAACAAGGCUGGCGCAAGAGACCCCUUUGGACGUGCUGGCGCAUACGGCCCGCCUAGCAUGUACGCAAACGAGGCCAACCCUUCCGGCAAAGUUGUGAUCUCUCACUUCACUUGUCGUUCCUUGACUGUUGGCAGCUGGCGGCGGAUUGGACAAAACGCCAUGGACCUGGUCGUUUUCUACUCCCCCGACAAGGCAUGCAUGACUUACUAUAUCAAUAACGAUGCUGCCGGUUAUAAGAUCGAGUAUCCGUUCGCCUAUAUCAAGAACAUCACCUUGGAAACUGGGGAUCCAAGCCCUGGGCCAAAUGGGGAACCACCUCGACCCGGAGGUCUUGUUGUGGAACUGAACCGCCCGCCGCACUUUUAUAUGGAUUCAUCCAACUCUGGAGGGUUCUACCAGUGCGGUGAUUUCACUGAGGAGCAGCAAGCUAGUCAGAUCAUGGUUCAUCACCUGGGAGGCCAUCCCAAGGUCUUGAGCGUUCAGCUUGCCAAGCUUGUGUCAUUGGAGUCCUUCCAGAACCGUCUGGCUUAUAAUAACAGCAGCUUUACCAUGCCAGCUCCGAUGUCUCCGCCGUUCAUCCAGCGUCCUGCAUCCCAGCCCAACCAGUUUGUCGCUCCUACUUACAUGAACUUGUACCAGGAUAGCAAUCACUUGGGCUUCAACAUGCCAGCUGCUCGCGGGCACAAGCGCCAACGAAGCCGUUCAGUACCUGUUGCAGUUGACAUUUCGUCAUUCCAGAGUCCCAUGUCUUCCUUCCACGUGCCACCCCCUCCGCCCCCAUUCAACCACACCGAGGCGGGCAUCUACGCACCUGUUCCACAGUCAGUGCACCAUCUCCCCACGGACCUCCGCAUCGACACCCAAGGAUAUGGACUGGAUUUCCGUACCAACCCCAUGUCUGCAACGACUACCGGAUCGCCUUCCGACUUCGCCAGUCCCAUGUACAGCAACGCCGGUCAGGGCGAUUCCACGCCAGUCGCCAGCAUGGCGCCUCAGUUCAAUGUGUCCUUUGUCUCAGGUGGUUCAACCGAUGCCUCAGGAAUGGGCUCUCACGCAGCGUCUCCCUACUCCAGCAUGAGCCCUGCAGACCCGCUGAUUGCAAACCAUUCGCCGCCACUAUCCAACAUGUCACAUGGCUCGUCUGAUAUGUAUGGGUUUUCCCAAGACCAGCAGACUGGCUUCGACGACAGCCUCUCGAUGAAUGAUAUGUACUCGAAGCAUCAUGUCAACUAUGGCGUUUCGCACGAAAGCCCUAGCUUCGAACUGCCCAUGCACGGCCUCUCUGCCCACCCUUCUCCUGGCAUGGGUGAUUACUCACACGGCAUGGCUAACCUGGAUGAGAUCAACUCGCAGGGUAUGCCGACUGGGUCAUGA